ACUCAGUUGAACCAUACCCUCAUCUCUCUUUCUCUCUCUCUUCCUGUUGCUAACUCUCACUCUUCUGAAGCUGUGAUGUGUGUGCUGGAACAGGAAAUGAAUGCAGACAGAGGAGACAGGCAAGCUGAAACUGGCACAAAGUUCUAGCAUGUAUACACACCCGCCCACAAUACAUACACACACACACACGGACACACACUGGCCCUGAGCAACAACUGUCAGAGCUGGAACUUUGAGCUGUAGGUGAAACGACAAAGCGGUGUUGGUGAAAGACUGAAGCCUGUCUAAGACAUUAAGCGGACUGAGAAAGGAAAAGAGAUUUAAAGAAAAAAGAAGAAGAACAGGAGACGGAUCUUACAAAUGUAACUUGAACAAGAAGAGAGAAAAACAAAGGCGUGGAGAAGAUGGUGCGCCGAUCCUGCCUCAGCAGGAGGGCCUUUCCUGAGCCUUGAUUCCAGCGUGAUUCCCUCAAGGGGUGAAUAGGGUAAGAUGACGUCCUUACACAGUCUGGGCCUGGUACUGGUGGAGUUUGAAUAUGAAUACGAAGGCCGGGAUGGCCACAUGGUGUCCAUUAAACCCAACGAGCGGUACGUCCUCCUGGCCAAAACAAACAAUCAUUGGUGGCAUGUUUGCAAAGAUGAACGAGCCAAGCCAUUUUAUAUCCCUGCUAAAUACGUAAAGGAGCUUCCAGCCAACAUCCCUUCACCUCUAGACUUCAGAGAGCCUCCAGGCCCCGCUGUGAAGCCUGUGGUGCCUGACCUCGCAGAGACCCACAAAUCAGAUGAGGUGACAAUUAGACAUCACUCCAAAGGGAAUUACCAUAAGACAGAAAACCGCAUGUCUACAUUUGGAGUUCCUUUGGAUUUACAUGAGCCCCCUUCUUACAAACAUGGUGGACCUUCAGACUCCCUCAUCUCCCUGAACACGGUUUCAGCCUCAGACUCAUCAAAUCAGAAGAAGAGGAUGAGUCAAGCAACUAAUCUGCUGUUCGGCUCUCGCAUUGAAAUGGUGCCUGAUAAGUUUCGAGUGCCCAGCUUCAGCCCAGCUGACCCCCUCCAUAAACCUAUCCCUGUAAAACCUGUGGAGCUCCCUGUCAUCAAGAACCUAAACGAGACCAAGCCUCACAUGAAGUCUCCAGAGCCAGAAUACCAAAAAGAGCCAGAAAGUGAAAGCUCUAGCUCAGAACCACUGCCAUCACCAGAUUCUGAGAAUAUUUAUGAAUCCAUAUCGGACCUGAAUCUAGACCUGUCGACACUGACAGACAAAGCACCGGCUGGAUUGCCAAACCCUCAGACCAACACAUCAUGCUCACCUCCAACAAUAAAGGCAGAGAAUGACCCCACCACGGCAGUGUAUGCCAACGUUACUGACCUGAAGAAGACUGUUCCUCACCCUUCAAACUCCUCUGCCUCAACUUGCUUGUCACCCGGCAACACCCUCAGUCCUGCUCCGGACUCUGCCUCCCCGACCAACUCGGACGGAUGGCAGGUCCAUACUGACCACGACAGCAGUAAGGAGUACUUCUACAACCCUGAAACAGGACAGAGCAGUUGGUCUGAUCCCCGUAGCCCCCCAGCAGGAGCAGGUAUGGAGUCUGUGACCUCCCCCAUACCUGUGUCCACCCCAUCCUCUGCACACUCGCUGGGCUCUGACUGGGAGCAGCUUUUGGAUGAGAGCACUGGGAGACAUUAUUAUUAUAAUCACAUUUUGAAGCAAACCUCUUGGACUGCCCCAGAGUCAUCGCAACCUCCGUCCUCCACAGAUAGGGCUCACAGUCAUGGCAAGGAGGCAAACGAACCGCCACCUCUUCCAGAGGAGGACUACCCAACAAAUCAGCCUGAGGAUUCCCAUAUUUCUCUUCAGCUCCCUAAGGAUUUUCAGUUGCCCCAAAUCAAGCGUGCUAUCAUCCCUAGGGUUGCUGUGGACACGUAUAAAGAUGUCCCCGUGGGCUGGACUGACUCUGUAGGAGCCGAUGGAAAAUCUGUCUUCACAAAUGAACUCACACAUGAACAGUCACAGUGGAUCCAGUCUAAGGAUGACAAAGGGAAGAUGUAUUACUACUUAAAAGAUGGGUCUAAAUGUCAGCGGACCCUUCCAGAGGCUUCAGUCCCGCCUGGUCAGCCAAUCAGUGGAAAUGGAAUAGACCAAGAUGCUCACCCCGUUUUGAACAAUUGGAGACACACCCAGUUUAACGUAUCUCAGGAAGACCUGAAAUUUUCCCCCUCACACAGGCGGAUCGCCUCUGACAAUGCCAGUGAUGCAUCCAGUUCAGGGAAUUCACCAGAAUCACUGCAUUACGAUAAAAAGUUAAGACGGCGGAGGAACCUGUCCAGUCACAGCACAGAUUCACAUUCUCAUUCUCAUCAUUCAUCACUGGAGAAGGCUGGGAUUCUCUACAAGACCAAAGUGGCUGAGAAUGGAAAAAGGCUGAGGAAGAACUGGGCGCAGUCAUGGACUGUUCUCCAUGAUGGCAUACUCACUUUCCACAAAGACCCUAAAUUUACACCCGCAGGGAUGUCUACCAAGACCAAUCAGAUCGUCCCAGAGUACACAGUGGAACUGAAAGGAGCGACUUUAUCAUGGGCGUCAAAAGAAAAGUCAAGCAAGAAGAAUGUUCUAGAGCUCAAGACACGUCACGGCUCUGAGUAUUUGAUACAGUAUGACACAGACAGCAUCAUACACGACUGGCACAAGAUCAUUCUGGACACCAUCAGAAUGCUGCAGGACCAUAACCAUUACUCAGAGGAUGAAGUGGAAGAUAUCCCAGAAAAACCUCCAUUACCUGCAGAUAAAGAGAGGAAGAGUGAAUCAACAAGACUGAGUUCUUCAAGUAGCAUAGACUUAGAACAGGGCCGUGUUCGCACCAAGCUGCGCAAGUUCCUCCAGCGGCGGCCCACUCUGCAGUCAGUCAAAGAGAAGGGCUACAUCAAAGAGAAUGUGUUUGGCUGCCACCUAGACACCCUCUGUCAUCGAGAAAACAAAACUGUGCCCAAGUUUAUGGAAAAAUGCAUAAGAUCUAUUGAGAAAAGGGGUCUGAAAAUAGAUGGAAUCUACAGAGUGAAUGGGAACCUGGCUGUCAUCCAGAAGCUGCGAUAUAAAGCGGAUCAUGAAGAGGAUCUGGAUCUGGAGGACGGGCAGUGGGAAGAGAUCCAUGUGAUUACAGGAGCUUUGAAGCUUUUCCUUCGUGAACUUCCUGAGCCUCUUUUCCCCUUCAGCUUUUUUGAUAGGUUCAUCGCUGCCAUUCAAAUGAGUGACUACAGCCAGAAAGUGUCAUAUAUUCGAGAUCUGGUGAGAAACCUGCCUUUGCCCAACCAUGACACCAUGGAGGUUCUCUUCAGACAUCUUCGAAAGGUGAUUGAACAUGGUGAGCUGAACCGCAUGUCUGUCCAAAGUAUGGCCAUCGUGUUUGGCCCGACGUUGCUGAGACCACAGGAGGAGUCCAACAUCACCAUGCACAUGGUCUUCCAGAACCAGAUUGUGGAGCUCAUUCUCAACGAGUUCAAUGAGCUCUUCCAAACCAAAUGAAAUCACCUGAUGGAAGGGAAGAGAAUACAACCAUUUGCACCAUCUUCUCAUAUUCCCAAAUGAACAAGGUUACUGACUGUUUUCCGUCUACUGAUUGGAUAUUGACUCUCCCAAUCAGUCAAAACCAAAAUGACGCAACAAAUAAGUGCAUUGUGAAACAUCAAGAGGAUCUGCACCUCGAAACUGCCUUGUUCUUAAAUGCAAUAUGUGUUUUUGGUACUGGCGAAAUCAAGAGAACAAAAAGCCGAAGGGAUCAUCUGCCAAUAUGAUCAAAUGGAUCUAAAUGGAUAUAAAGAAAGAACAUGUCUAAUUUGUCAAAAUGUCAUGUUUGAGAUUAGACAGUUGUGGAGUCUUCAAUAAGAAAUAACUUACUUUGAUUGCUUUAAAGGUAUUAAAAGCUUCAAAGGUUCUCUGAACUAAGAUCUUGACGAUGAAAGCUGGAAUUAAUAUGUGCUUAAUCACCAAUAGCACUACUGUUUGAACCUCAUUGUUGAGGAGACUGAGAAAAGAAAGUGUUUAUUAAUCAACUGUAUGACUAACAUUUUUCCGCCAUCUUUAUUGUUAUAAAAUGCUGACAGUACAAUGUACAGAAGUAUGAAAAUGAACAAUGGAACAUUUUGCAGUAAAGUAAAAUAUGGCUGUGCAUUGCAUGUUAAAAACAAACUUUGUGGAUGUAGACUAAAGCUGUACAUAUUUUAAAUAUUUUGUUUUUAUAUAAAAAAUAUGGUUAAUAAAUAAUUGGCAAUUUCAUUUUAUUAUAGAGAUAAAUAUUCUGUAAAUAAAACAGAUACACCAUAUUUAAUGUUAUGCAAUUAUGUGCAUAGUUCUUACACUGGUAAUUACUGAAAUCUGGAUAUUAUAUUUAAAAAAAUGUUUUUAGUAUAUACAAUACUAUAAACAAUAUAUACUGACUUAUAUACAAUCAUUAAGUCAGUGUGUAGAACAAUUUAAAAUAGAGAACAGAUAUUAUAACUGGACUAUAGAUCAAUGCAAUGUGAGAACUUACAGGCUAAAUAAAUAUGGUGCCUUCAUUUUAACUCUUCAGUUCUUGUCUUUGUUUACUGUUCCCUGUAGUACUUUCCAGCUUUCAAUCACCAGUUCGUCGGAUUGUCUAGCUUUCAAAAAUAUGUAAUAAAGUUUUGUUUUUUUUUUACAUAUUAGGCUACACUACAUUAUACUAUGCUAUAUAUAUAGUAUGCUGGUCAAUGUGUCUUUAUUUGUACCCAACGGUAAAUUUGUUUUGCAGACAGGAGAUCCGUGAUUAAAGACAAAUUCA